UCCAAUAUCCAAAAUGGCGGCGAGUAGAGUCGGUGAUAAAAGAAUUCAUGAAAAAGAGCAAGAAAGUAGCACGAUUGACAUAUCUUCGGACAGUGAAAGUGAGCCAGAGCCUGCAAAAAUAUUUCACAGACGAAUUUCUACUAAUAAGGAUAUACGCACAUCGACUUGCACUAAGCAGGGUUUUCUGCACAAACAGACUAACUUUCAGAGAUGGAAAAGGCGUUUUUUCAAGUUGAAGGGGCGUAAACUGUACUAUGCAAAAGACACAAAGUCCUCCAUAUUUGACGAAAUUGAGCUGACUGACCUCAGUGUUGCGGAGUGUAGCACAAAGAACAUUAACCACAGUUUUCAGGUGAUUACACCAUUCCGUAACCUAGUGCUGUGUGCGGAGACUCGGAAGGAGAUGGAGGAAUGGAUCUCUGCCCUCAAAAUGUCCUCCAAGCGGGAAUAUGUCGAUGGAAACGACUCCCAGAAUCAGAUGAUGUCUAGGCUACACAAUUGGUACACGUGUUCUCAUGGCAAUGACUCUCAGCGUGAGAUGAUGUCCGGGCUCCACAACUGGUACACAUGUUCUCACGCGAGGCCCACAUACUGUAAUGUGUGCCGGGAGGCCCUAUCUGGUGUGACUUCACAUGGUCUCUCUUGUGAAGUGUGCAAGUUUAAGGCCCACAAGCGUUGUGCAGUAAAGGCCCAGUCCAACUGUAAAUGGACCACAUUGUCAGCCAUAGGAGCGGAGAUCAUUGAAGAUGAGGACGGGAUCACAAUGCCACACCAGUGGUUGGAGGGUAACCUGAAUGUGAGUUCCCGCUGUACUGUAUGUGAUAAGAUCUGUGGAAGUGUCCGAAAACUGCAAGACUGGAGAUGUCUCUGGUGCAAAACUACUGUACAUUCCGGGUGUCGUGGGGAGUUACCGAAGAAGUGUCCACUGUCACAGUGUCGCGUAUCCAUCCUACUGCCCACGGCCAUCAACUCUAUAGACAGCGACGGCUACUGGGAAGCCAUGAGGCCUCCUGGGACCAGCCCGCUUCUUGUGUUUGUCAAUACCAAGUCUGGGGAUAAUCAGGGUGUGAAGUUUUUACGUCGGUUCAAGCAGCUACUAAACCCUGCUCAGGUGUUUGAUCUGAUGAAUGGUGGACCUCAUCCAGGGUUACGGUUGUUUCAGAAGUUUGACCAGUUCCGAAUCCUCGUAUGUGGCGGUGACGGCAGUAUUGGCUGGGUCCUCUCCGAAAUUGACAACAUGGACCUUCAUCGACAGUGUCAGAUCGGUGUGCUUCCAUUUGGCACGGGUAAUGACCUUGCACGGGUACUGGGAUGGGGCUCAGCCUUUGAUGAUGACACACAGCUACCCGCUAUACUGGAGAAAAUGGAGCAUUCGCAGAUUAAAAUGCUAGACAGAUGGAGUAUAUGGACAUACGAGGGCUACAUGCCUCCCCCUCGGAAGCUGUCCCAACAGUUUGACCCCAUCUCCCAGUAUGAAGACUCCGUGGCCAACCAUCUCUCCAAGAUACUUCACUCCGAGGACCACUCCACUGUCAUCUCAUCAGCCAAGGUGUUGUGUGAGACGGUUAAGGAUUUUGUAGCCAAGGUUGGCCGGGCUCACCGCGAAAAGGAAGAGGAUGCCGACAUGGCUGAUAAGUGUGCCACCUUAAACGAGAAGCUCGAAAGUUUGCUCAAAACAUUGAACGAAGAGGCUCAAGCUUCAUCCCAGCUGGACUGUGAUUCAUCAGCAAUGCAUAAUGACCCUCAUAGUAGCAUUAUGAAUGACCUCAGUGUGACCUUUGAUCCAAAUUUGGUCACCAAUAGUAACAGUGUACACACCGACGAUUCCAUGGACAACAGAACUAGUUACAGUGAAAAUUCCAGUGAAAGCUCACAAACUGAAAACCGUAGUGACACUAUAGCUGAAGAUUUGUUUAGCGGUGACCCUGAAUCACCUGCAGUGAAGAGUCGGUUGCCGCGACAACGAAGUCACCAUAAUAAUCGGCAAUUGUACGAGAAUCGAGACAUUCCAAGGUCAUGUGAAACCAGAGUACACGGUCAGAUUCCACCUUCAGCCAUGAAACCAAAACCAACGAUAUUCAAGCCCCGUGAUGCCCUCAUGUCCAGAGCCAACAGUCUGAAAAAGGCCAUCAGGCAGAUCAUAGAGCAUACAGAAAGAGCGGUUGAUGAACAAAAUGCCCAGACGAUGGAGCAGACCCGUCUACUGCGGGGGACCUCCGGCAGUUCGGGCGACCUUGUUACCCCAUUCAGCGCCACACAGAGCCCGUUACAGGCAGGGAGCCCCAACUCCCGCUCUGCGCCCAGUUUCUCGGUGUUUACAGCAGACACCACACCCAAGUCACCUCAGCUUCACAGACUCAAAUUUGAUGUGUGUGACUCCCUAUCAGCAUCUUCCCGUCGUAUCAGCAGCAUGUCCACCCUGAACAAAGCCUCAAGUAUGGGCUCAAACCUGGACAGCCCGGCCCCACCCAAGGACCCCCAGCCGGGCCCCUCCGGGCUUCUCACAUACCCCUUCGCUAACUACCCAGUUUUACCAAACCUGAGCAGCUCUAUAGCGGGUCGUCUGGCUGGAGGCAGCUUCAUCAGCAAGGUUCUACUGGCCAAUGCGGACGCUCUGUGUGCCGCGGCCUCGCCACUGUUGGAGGAGGACAUUCCACUAGAGGAGUAUACUGAGCGUUGCGUGAUGAACAAUUACCUGGGUAUCGGGCUUGACGCCAAGAUAAUGCUAGACUUCCAGAACAGACGCGAGGAACAUCCAGAGAAAUUCAGGAGCCGUACCAAGAACCGGAUGUGGUAUGGUGUCUUGGGUGGGAAGGAGAUCCUCCAGAAGACAUUCAAGAACUUGGACCAGCGUGUACAACUGGAGUGUGAUGGACAGCGGAUACCUCUACCCUCACUACAGGGAAUCGUGAUUCUCAACAUACCCAGCUUUGGAGGCGGUUCUAACUUCUGGGGCGGGACCAAGGAGGUUGAUACAUUCUCAGCGCCAAGCUUUGAUGACAAGAUACUUGAGGUGGUGGCAGUGUUUGGGAGCACACAGUUGGCUGUAUCCAGAGUGAUAGACCUUCAACAUCACAGAAUAGCUCAGUGUCGGACGGUCAAGAUUAUGAUCAUGGGAGACGAAGGGGUUCCUGUACAGGUGGACGGGGAGGCCUGGAUUCAGCCCCCUGGAUACAUCCGCAUUGUGCACAAGAAUCGCGCACAGAUGCUCACCAGGGACAGGUCGUUUGAGACGGUAUUGAAGUCCUGGUCGGAGAAACAGAAAGCCGAGCCCAUGCUGGCCCAGUGCUCACCCUCGCUGAGUGCUGAUGAAACUGUCAUCCUUCAGACAUUUGUGGAAGUCGCUUCGGCCCUAAUUAAAGUUGUGAAGGUGGCCUCCCUUACUUACAGCUCAGUAGAGCAAGAGUUGUUCCCCUUAGCUACACGAGCCUCCGAGUACAUGGACCGCUUGUACCCCUCUGGUCAGCUGGUCGAGCCCACUCUGCGCAGUCAGGUAGUAGAUUUUGUACAUAGCGUGCGCAAUCUCACUCAAGAAACCUCCAACUUUCUGACAGAAAAGGCUCCUGAUAUGCACAUGCGUAGUGACAUCACAGAGCGACUGAGCCAGUGUCUUGUCCAGGUGGAGGAGGAGACCCGCACUGUGAUGGACGUCUGCGCCAUUCCAACCACACCCAUACCUCAGGAAGAGUUUGUGCCGACUGUAGAGAUUAAACACCGGCCCAAGCCCGGCCGCUUCAAGCAAGUGGUCAGUAAACUGAAGGGCAAGAAGGAUAAGGACAAGUCUUACAUUCCACUUGGGUACAAUGUGAAUUCCUGGUCGUCGGAGGAUGUAGGUCAGUGGCUCGAUAACCUGUCGUUGUCGGAGUACCGUGAGUCUUUCAUCAAGCAUGAGAUACGAGGCACCGAGCUGCUUAGUCUAGACAAGACCGAUAUACAGGAUCUUGGCGUCCAUAAAGUUGGUCACCUAAAAAGAAUACAGCAUGGAAUCAAAGAGCUCUCAAACAGAAUGUCAGCUAUGGAAAAAUACUGCAACAAUUAUUAGAUUGUGAUGGGAAAAUACUGCAACAAUUAUUAGAUUGUGAUGGGAAAAUACUGAAUGGCAGCUAUAGGGGGGAAAAAACUGCAACAAAUUCUAGAGUGGAAAAUAACAGGGUGUCAGCUACGGAAAAAUACUGUAACCAUUUAGGUACAGGGUUGUAAUGGAAAAUUACUGGAUGGCAGCUAUGGAAGAAACUACAACAACUACUAGAGUGGAAAAAUAUCGAAUGUAAGCUACAACAACAUCUUACCCUAAGAUCUGGGCUGUAAUGGAAAAUUACCUGAUUAAAGCAGCUAUGGAAAAAUAACUGUAUCACCUACAAGAGUGGAAAUAUAUUAAAUUUCAGCUACGGAAAAAUAAUGCAACAACAUAAGGAUUGGGUUGUAAUGGAAAAAUACUGAAAUGAGGUUAUGGGGGUACAGGGGGAAACAGCAACAAUUACUAGAUCAGAGUGGAAACAAACAACUAAAGUCAUUUGUUGAAAAAGAUAUUUUAUUCAACAAAUGUCCAGCCUCUGUUGCACAAUUUCUUCUAUAAGUAAUUGUUAGAUGAGUUGAAGUAAAAUCUUAUGAAUCAAGAUGAGCAUAGUGGGCUUAGUGAAUGAGCCUUUCUAAACCAUUUAUAUUUUACGUCAGGUCAUCUGACUUACUUAGAAUUCAACCUUAUUGGCUGACACAUUGUUGACUUAAAAUCUGACACAGGGUUUGUGUAUUGGAUGAGUGGCAGUAGGUGAACCUUUAAACACCAGCAAUAGUUGAAAUUCUUAAUGAUCAAGUCUAGUACUUAAUGAUUGCUUAUCAGCAAUUUCAUUGGCUGAAAAUGUAGGUUGUAUUCUAAUGCAUGGUUGAAGUAUUACAUAGAUCUGUGCAUUUUUCACACAGCAAUAAUAUUGCCAUCCUUAACCCACAUUACUUACAUAAUGAUGUGUGCAUAUUAGUAAGCAAAUUUAAUUCAUGUGUACCAAAGAUUUGCCAUGUUUUUUGUUAAAAAUGCUUUAAAAAGAAAUACUACAUUCAUCAAGUGAUUGUUAGGAUUUUAUACAUGUAAAUUCUUGUAUUGAGACAAGCACCAAGCCAUGGCAUUAAACCCAAAGAAUUCACUUAGUAGAUCAGUUGAUGAUGCAUGUAAAUGUAUUUGUUGUAUGUCGCUUCAUCACACAUACUUAAGAAAAGCACCAUGUUUUUUAUGUACCCUGUGCUAGAUCCUUACCCGAAAAUACUUCAAUGGGAAUAGAGGCAUAAUAGUCACCCUGUCCCUCCGUGUACACCUUGUGUCAGCAUAACUUUGUUAAUAUUUAUCGAAUUUCUAUCAAACUGUAAUUACAGAAUAGUAGAGCUCGAUGGAAAUGUGUUUUCAUCUCUAAAGUCAAGGUCACAACUUCAAGGUCAAUGUUGCACAAUAUGAAGUUAAUAGCAAUACUUUCUAUCCCAGCUAUAACUUGGUACAUCAGUCAUACUACACAGAAUUGUAGUGCACCGUUAGUUGGGCAUUAAAGUCAAGCUCACGUUUUCAAUGCAAAGGUCAUGCUUGAAGGUCAUUGUUCCCCAUAAAAAAAUUCAUAGCAAUAUUUCAUGUCCAACAUUUGUAGCCAUGAGAUUAUCAUAUAGUUCAUUCAAAGCGUAUGUCAUAUACUUAUAUACAGGAUAUCUGUCUGAUUACGCCCACAAAUGGCUGUCAGUCUGAUUACACCCACAAAUGGCUAUCUGUCUGAUUACGCCCACAAAUGGCUAUCUGUCUGAUUACGCCCACAAAUGGCUAUCUGUCUGAUUACGCCCACAAAUGGCUAUCUGUCUGAUUACGCCCACAAAUGGCUGUCAGUCUGAUUACGCCCACAAAUGGCUAUCUGUCUGAUUACGCCCACAAAUGGCUAUCUGUCUGAUUACGCCCACAAAUGGCUAUCUGUCUGAUUACGCCCACAAAUGGCUAUCUGUCUGAUUACGCCCACAUAUGACUAUCUGUCUGAUUACGCCCACAAAUGGCUGUCUGUCUGAUUACGCCCACAAAUGGCUGUCUGUCUGAUUACGCCCACAAAUGGCUGUCUGUCUGAUUACGCCCAAAAAUGGCUAUCUGUCUGAUUACGCCCACAAAUGGCUAUCUGUCUUAUUACGCCCACGAAUGGUUUCCAUCUUGCAAAGCCCAAUCCCGGGUUAGUAACAUGUUCUUGUUUUUUUCAAUAAUUAAAAUACUUUCAGACGUUUCAAUAAUAAGUUGCUUAACAGUUUAAAUCAUAUACAACUGUAUUCUGACAUUGCACAAUUUUAAUGGAUUUGGUUAUAGAAUUAUGCUUUACAGCAACUAACGUUAAACUCUAUUUAUGUAUAUGAGGGGCUAGAAAAUAUGGAAAUGUUGGAUUUUGGAAAUACAUUUCAAUGUUAUUGUAAACAUUUUGUAUUUGAUGUUUUUCUUAUGUAAACUGUCGAAAAUUCCAUGAAAGACAGCAUUAUUUAUUUAUUUGUUGUUUAUUUUCUUUGUAUUUAGUGAUUUUUUAUGUCAUUUGAAAAGGAUUUUCAUAAACAUGUGUAGGUGGGAAACCUCGAAAGUUACAGAGGGGUAUUUUGUUGAUCAUAUUCAUACACAAAUACAAAGCGUUGUUGAUUCAUUUCACUGGUCAAUAUUUAUGAUAUAUACAUGUACAACAAUUUGCCUCUGAACAAGCUCCUUAUGAGUGGUGUUGAUGAGUUAAGUAAGGUUGACACUAGAAAAUGUCUGUGUAUUUUAAUCUGAGACCUAAAAUCUUUGUUUUAUUUCAUGCUUAAAGCCUUCAUCAUACUCAGUAGAAUAUAGCCGUCUGGGCCCUGUUUUAUUAAGAUAUCUUAGUAAGUCAUAAACCUUACUCUGCUAAAGAGUGAUCAGGUAUAUGUAAAGUUACGGCCGGAAUCUAUGCGAUAAAUGUCCUUACGAUAUUUUAAUUUAAACGUAGUUUACACCAAAACGCAAGGUUCGCCUUGUAAUUUAUGGCCGUUAGCCUUCCAAUCUUUAUUGUAACGGGGUUCUUGUUAAUACUUGUCUUAUUUUACGCAUUAACUGUUACUCAACUGUUCUUCUUAUUUUUGUAACGACCCUUGGUUUUGAAAACCGCUGGGAUCUGCACAAGAAACCAUGAACGUGUAUGAAGUUUUGAUAACAAGGGUGGUAGCUGGAGUUACCAUGUAUAUAGUGCAAUAAGAAUAUUCAUGUGUUCAUAUAUCUAGAUAUACCUUUUUUUCUCUUUCUUUUCAUUAGAUUGUUCAAAUUGAAAUGUAUCAUUUUUGUAAUGUCCAUUUUAUGCCUCACUAGAUUUGAAACUGAACUGUGUAAUUCGAAGGUUAUUUCAUUUAUGUUUUAAAACACAAUUCUCAUUCAUCAGAGGUUUAAUAAUGAUAAUGGUAGACAUAGCAUCAUCCCUCUGUUGAACGAGAAUGUAUAUCACUUCCAAAGGGGUUGUUAAAUUUUGUUUGAUUUUUUUUUACAAAGCAGUCAGAUUAUUUUACGUCCUUUAUUAGAUGGCAUUAAAAACCAUUUUGAUGAAAUCUGUCUCAUACAGUACCAGGUUUUCUUACAAUGACCUUAGUUUCUCACAUAUGUAUCUUUUUCACAAUUAUAUUAUACUUCGAUUUUGUAUGUUUGUAUUUAAUGUGUAUCUGUUCUAAUAUUAUAGAAAUGUAAAACUUGAGCAUUCCAAAGACUAUUAUUUUUCUUCGUCUAGUUUAUACGUGUAAAACUUGCCUUCUACAGUGUUUUUUUUAUGUAGUUACAGUGUAGUUUGUAGGUACAUUUCGUAUUUUUCAAUGUUCACAGCUUCACAAGUUUACCUUAUUUUUUUAUAUAUUGUACAUGUACAUGUAAUGCACUUUCGUAUACAUGUAGGUAUUGAAAUACAGUCAAACCCCAUUGGCUUGAAAUCGCUUGGCUCGAAAUCCUUGAUGGCUCAAAUUGAAUGAAAAUGACUGAUUUCUUUAUACUAAAGGUAAAGCAUUCCCUCAUGGCACGAAUUGUCUGAGACUUAAGUUAUUUUCGCAGGUCUCUGGGAGCUCGAGACAAUGGGGAUAGUCUGAAUUUAUAAUUAUAGAACCCUCUUUUGUAAUUUUUUGAUUACGUAGGCAUGUGACUGAGAAAAAACAAUAUCGAAGUGAUGUAAUAGCCCACUAUAGCGCCCACUACCCGAGUUUUUGAAAUUAUGCCCGAGCUCAAAGUGAGACUUGUAUUAUUUCAGUUAUGAGGGUUGUGAGUGCAAUACUAUUUUGAACCAUGUUGUCAAGGACAACGUUCAAUAAAUAGCAUGCAUAUAAAUGAAUAGGGUUGUAAUUUAUUCGCACACUAGUUAUUGCACAGUUGAGCUCCGCCUUUUUAAUACAAUUCCAUUACUGGGGUUAAUACACAACAUGGCACAGGAAAACAUUUAGAAAAUUUUAACCGUGCAAUAACUCAUGAGGAGAUAAAUGACACCACUGUUCAUUCAUCAACAUAAAAGAAAGCAUUCUCCAGUAUGGUACAAAAACUAUAGAACAUAGUAAAGAACACAUGUUUUACUAAUUUUGGACAUUUUAUAAAAACUCACUGAUAUUCUGACUGGAAGAUUUUGAUGGAAAUGGUUUUAUUGUAUAUGAAUACCCUUGAUAUUGAAUUUCAACAUUCAGCAGCUAGCUUUUACACUUAUAGAUAUAAUUGAUUUUUUUAUUUCUGUAUUUUCCAUUUAUAGUCGUAUCUAUAUAGUUGAAGUAGUUUUAGAAACAGAUUGUGUGUAUUUGAACUGUUUUCUCACAACGAAAUCACCUCUUACAGUGAGUGAUUCCUGAUAAAAAGUGACCAUGAUAAUUGUUUUGCAUGACAGUGUAGCUGACAGACUGGCACGAAACUUGUGUAGUGUUACUGGAGUUUUGGCCCCCCAAGAAGACCAUUUCCUCCACUGUAGUAAGCAAUGUGUAGUCUUAUUCCUGCGAGGUAUAAUAUAAUAACAGUAUAAGGUGAAAUAAUAUUACCGCAUUGGUUUCAAUAAUAAUUACCAUAUUGGUUUCAAUCAACUUUGAAAUAUUUGGCAGUUAUUUGAAAAAUCUGUCUCUUCAAAAAGUUACACUUUUAAGCAGAGAUGUUCAUAAGCUGCUUUGUGAAUACAACCCCUGUACCGGUUUCUACCCUGGAAACUGUUCCAAGCAUAAUUUGGCUUGAAUUAUCAAGUAUAUAUAGGCUGGUCAGAAAUAUUGGAGGGGGGAUGUUAAGGGAUGUUUUUGAUCUGUUCUAUAACAUUAGUAUAGUAAGGGUCUCUUGAAAUUUAAAAAAAAAAGUAGACAUAGAUUGAAUAUAUUACUCAGUUUAUAACUAUCUUUCAAGUGAUUAUUUCAGAUGAUUAUAUCUGAUUUACCGAGUGUCCAAGAACUGUUAGAGGGUCCAAAUGAAGGGUUUGGUUUCUGGUCGGUCAUAUAAGGUACACUGUCAUGCUGUAUGCCAAUGUGGUGCCUUGCUUAUAUUGCCCGGUAUGUUACAUACAUGUACAUGGUUUGGGUUCAUGUUUAUUCUAAGGCCUUUUAUGAAUAUACCAGCUUGUCAAUAUUGAUGAUGCCAAUGAAUGCAGGUUUUCAGGAAAGUUCAUUACCAAGUUCAUGUUUUAUGGUGGUCUCGGCAUAUUGAACCAAAAUAUGCUGGCGUAUUUUCUGGUCAAUCUUUUAGGCUACUUGUUAACUAAUACCUCUCGUUACAGAAAAAUAACAUAAUUAUUAUUACACUGCUCAAAAUAUUAAAGGAACACAUAGUGUUUCUCUGUUAUCAUUACAUUGUAAAGUAUGAACUUUUGAACAGUUCACUAUGACCAUUGCUUUAAUAUAAAUCAUUUGCUUAAAAGCAUAUACAGGGUUGGCUAAAAGACAUGUGGGUUUCAAGAAAGCCACAGCACAAAUUCAAGGGAAGUUUUUCCCUUAGAAGUAGCAUCCUCUUCCACAAUGUCUAAAAAGAAACUUGUGUUUAAACUGAUUUAUUUUACAACGCUUGUGAAACAAGUUAUUACAACAUUAUAUUAAUCACUCUAAUUGAAGACCAAUGAUUACUUUUCUGUAGAAUAUUUGGGCACACAAGCAGUAAACAUUGGUUUCUACUCUAGGGUUAUGGCUACCCUUGAAUAAACCUGCUACUCCAGUAAACACAUGGGAUUUGAUUAGAAAACACUGUCAUGAUACAUGGACAAAAAAAAUGGAAACUCUAAAAUUGGCCUCAGAAAUGCCAUUAUUAUCUUGUCAAAAAUAUUCUAUGUCAUUUUUGUAUUAAAUUAGCCUUGAUAUUAAGACUUCAUCUACUCUUCUUGUGAUUCAUCCGUGGGUCUCAUAUAGCUCAUAAUCAUGGCCCCUGGGUAAAUCUCACAGAGUCCAAGGUUACAUAGUUUAGGGUAAAUGUUACUAAGUGAAACAUGCAUCAUGCUGAUACACAGGUUUUAGGGUUUAAGCCAGUGUUUAAUGAGGACAGGGUGUUGCAGAACAGGAAUAGGGCUCUAAGGGCUCGAAGGGUGCAUUGUGUCAGUUGAAUUUAACAGAAAAAGUUAGGAAUUGUGCAAAGUAGAACUUAUGUUAGAUUUCAACUGCCACAAAUGUCAAAUCUGUAAGUAUAAGCAUUUAAUUCUAUGAAAGCAGAAAGAUACACAUGCUUGUUUCCAUGAUGGCAGAAUUGUGCUAUCAAAAAUUUAAAAGGACAAGGUGCAGCACCCUUCCAAAACUCUUUAGCUAAAACGUUUAAAGAAUAAUGGACUCCGGGUGCACAGAAAUAAUGAUUCACUGGUCUUCUUUUGUACAAUGGACCAUUCCUAAAGACCAAUACCUUAUUUCAAGACACUCUCCCAAUACAUUUACAGAAAACGCUGCUUCAUCAAAAGUCUUUUUCUAACUUAGAUAAAAAGAUGGUAGUAUAAUAAAUAUUAUAGACUUGUGUAUAUUUGUAUUGUACUUGAAGUGGUAACGCCCUUUAUCUCAUGCGUCAAUUGGCGUAUUGAAUACUCCUUUUGAAUCGAUUGAAUACUACAACUCUCUUAGUUUUCACAUACAUUCUUUUGGGUCAGCAAUGUAUACAUGUAAUAUAUGUGAACAUGUAUGUCAUAUACCUGGGCAAUAUCAAGUGAACAUUACAAAAGCUGCGUGUGUUUCCGUAGAUUUGGGUCGCCACCCAUGUGAUACUAUUCUAUUUUCUACUAUAUUUGUUACCGUGGAUACCCUUUGUAAGUCCUAUUUCCAUGUACUAGUGUUGUUAUUUAUCAGAUAUUAUUGAAAUAAAUUAAUUUUUAUUAGU